GUUUGAGUUGAGUGUAUAAACAGUAAACGGAUGGGGAUUCAUUUAGGGGUUGCUUGGUUGAGAUGAAGUAUGUUCUCAAAGCUGAUAAAUCUAUUGAGGGCCUGCUUCUGGCCUUGGUCAGAUCGGUAUGUCCACACGGGCUCGGACGCCGGAGGCCGCCAAGACAGGCUUCUAUGGUUCAAAGAUUCGGGGCAGCACUUGAAUGGCGAAUUCUCAAUGGCUGUUGUCCAGGCCAAUAAUUUACUAGAAGAUCAAAGCCAGAUAGAGUCGGGCAAUUUGAGUUCACUCGAGUCCGGCCCCCACGGUACCUUCAUUGGUGUCUACGACGGGCAUGGGGGACCGGAGACUGCGCGCUACGUUAAUGAUCACCUCUUUCAGCAUCUCAAGAGGUUGAUAUCGGAGCACCAAUCGGUGUCUGCUGAUGUUAUACAGAAGGCAUUUCAAGCAACAGAAGAGGGGUUUAUGUCUAUUGUUACCAAACUCUGGCCAGUAAAACCACAGAUCGCAGCUGUCGGAUCGUGUUGCCUAGCUGGCAUUAUUUCUGAAAAUACCCUUUACGUAGCAAAUCUUGGAGACUCAAGAGCUGUUCUGGGAAGAGCGGUGAAGGCGACAGGGGAGGUACUGGCCAUCCAGCUGUCGACAGAGCACAAUGCAAGUAUAGAGUCCGUGAGACAGGAGUUGCGUUCCAUGCACCCUGAAGACUCACAGAUUGUAGUUCUGAAGAACAAUGUAUGGCGGGUGAAGGGCCUCAUACAGAUUUCAAGAUCUAUUGGUGAUGUAUGUCUGAAGAAGGCCGAGUUCAACCGAGAGCCUUUGUAUGCAAAGUUUCUCCUUCGUGAGCCUUUUGAAAGACCGAUAUUAAGUUCAGAGCCAUCAAUCUCGGUGCAACAGCUUCAGCGACAUGAUCGGUUUGUCAUUUUUGCAUCCGAUGGACUUUGGGAUCACCUCAGCAACCAGGAAGCAGUAGAUUUAGUUCAGAAUCACGCCCGCAAUGGAAGUGCGAGGCGGCUAGUGAAAGCUGCUUUGCAGGAAGCGGCAAGGAAAAGAGAAAUGAGGUACUCGGAUUUGAAAAAGAUCGACAGGGGAGUCCGCCGGCAUUUCCACGACGACAUCACGGUCAUCGUCUUGUUUCUCGAUGGGAACACGAUGAGCAAAGCGAGCUCAGUCAGGUCAUCGAAAGUAUCAAUUAGAGGAGGCGGCAUCAACUUGCCUCCCAAUACUUUGGCUCCUUGGUCUACGGCCCCGGAGGCCGGCGAUAAUUGAAGAAGCUGCUCUUGGGAUUUCUGUAUUCAUCAUUAUGCUGCUCUAGAUGUAUUUCUAUUGUGUACCGGGCAGCUUCCUUGGCAGAUGAAAGAGGAGAUGGGCCUUAACACUCUUCCAGCUGAACUGGGACUCAGACUGAAACAAUGGCCUUUGGAAAGCAAAGGGCUCUGGAAAGAUAGUUUCAUCAACUGGGUGGGGUGGUAGGAUCACUCCACUACGAGCCUCUCUGAGGAGCAAUUUUUGCCUUCAUUUAGUCCAGCUGUGUAUCAGCUCUGUAAAUGAUGUUACUUGUGAAAACAAUUUGCCUUCUUUUAAGAUUCUGUUGGGUAUUUUUGCCUGGUUUUUAUCAGUGGGAGUUCUUUUCGGAAUGUUAUGAUUCCCAAUGCCAAAACAGGGGGAGAGUGACCUUUUGCUCUCUCUGCUCAUUUCAGUUCACGCACAGUUUUAUUACGAGAGAAAUAGGUCCA